ACUUGAUCUUCAUUUCAAGUGUUUGUCUGUAAACUUCGAGUCAGUUGCUUAACAGCUUUCCCGGGGUUAACACAUCGGUUGUUAUCAUUUUUUUAAGUAAUUAAAAAGAAAAGAUGAAAACGUUCAGGAUUAUUGAUAAUGGCCAAAUUUCCAUUGAGCUGUACAAUCCAGACACGGAUCUUGAGGGCUCAAUGAAGGCUCUGAGGGAAGGAUUUAUUCCCAGUGAAAGUAUCUCAAUAGCUGUUGGACUCAGCAAUCCCGAAGCUGUCCAGGGUCACAGAGAUCUGGAAAAACUGGCCCAGGCCAAUCUUAGUGAUGGAAUUUCUAUUGUGGCUCGGCAUUUGCCUUCAGACCAAAUUGUGGGAUUUGCUUUCAACAAAAUCCACUCAAGACCAAAUCCAGAAACUCCCUCAUUUCUCAAAGAGUUCCGGAAUAAGCACUGUCAUGUUCAGGAAUCUCGUGAUAUUAUUAGUUUCAUUGAAUUUGCCGAUGGAAAAAUUAAUCUCUUCGACAAGUACAAUACUGAGUGCUUCCUUGAGUGCGUCUUAUUGGCUACACUUCCAGAAUUCCGGGGCAGGAAGAUUGCUCACUGUCUCGUGGAGUGUACAGUAGAGUUGGCCAGAGAAAUUGCAGCAGGAAAGUAUCCUGAGACAAUUGAUAAGGGACUUAUUGGAAAAAUUCCUAAAGUUGUCUUUGCAAUUUGGACUUCUAAAUAUUCAGCAAGGAUUGGAGCUAAUUUAGGAUUUGUCCCUUUGGACAGAUUCCCUGUGGCAGAUCUUAAAAAGGUUGGAGUGCCCUAUCCUGAGCGAAUUCCUCCUGAACACACGGAAAUUGUUUUAGCGGCGGUUCAAAUUUAAAUUUAAAUUUUAUAUUUACUCAAAGAAUUAUUAUGUGGUCCUCGGGAUUAGUGUGGAAAGUGUCUUUUCCUCUCCCUGCGGAUUUAGUGAGUGGCAGGAUUUAAAAAAAAAUGAACUGAACAAUGAGUGUAAAAAUAAUCUGCGUUUGUUGAUUUUAAUACCAAAUAACACUGAAAGUUUGAUUCCCGAUGGCCCUUUAAUUGAUGCAGCUGUAUAAACAGCCAUGGUUCCCUCUUUAUGAACAUUUCCUGGUCGCUUCACCGGCGAUGGGGUUGAUUUUAUGAUGAGACCAUCAGCCCAAUCUUCCACAUAUCCAAAAGAAGCGAAUUUCCAUUGGAAAAUUGGUGUAAAAUUCUUCUCAUUCCGCGGAAUUUAUUAUGCUAAAUUACCAAUAUUGUACGAAAUGUCCGUGGAAUUCCACUACAUUUCCCGGUAAGAUUCCUAGGAAUAUUCCAUGGGAUUUCCGAAAAAUGGGAAUCACUGCCAAGCUGUUUCUUUUUCCUACAAAAAAUAUUACGUAAGAAUUAUUUAUAAAUGUUUUUGAAUUCCUAUUGAGGACCUACGAAGUGUUUGUAAAUCGUAUAACUCGCUAAAAAGUUCGUAAAAGUUUGUACUUUUUAACAAACUUUGGUCGCAGCAUGAUCAACGCGCAUUUUUUGUUUCUUUACAAACAUUUGUUUGCCUUGGGAAACUUUACGAACAAAAGACAAAAUUUUACGAACAUUUUUCUGCGUGUUUACAAACAUUUAUGAACAAAUGUUUGUAGAAAAAUGCUCGUCAAGUAAUCAUGUUAUGUACAAUGUUUGUUUAUUUGUAAAUGUUCGGUACACAGAAAAAAUGUUAGUAAAAUUUUGUCACUUAUUCGUAAUUUUUCGCCCUACGUACAAAAAUUUACGAACAAAUGUUUGUGAAGGGGCCAAGAACUGUUCGUUGAGUGUUCAUUCUACGAAAUGUAUUGUAAAAUAGUACAAACUUUUAUGAACUUUUUAGAGGGUUAUAUACUUUACGAACAUUUCGUAAGUCUCCGGUAAGAAUUCACAAAUAUUUACGAACAAUUUUACGAUAUAUUUUUUCUUAGUAACUUUUAUUGAAAAUAAAACAUUACUUGAUUUAGUUGAAAAUUCCAUGCACGUACCGUUGCCAAUAGAAGUGGAAAAUCUACAGGAAAUUUAUCGUAAAAUUCUAAUAGUUCCAAGGAAUAUACAUAUCUCGACACUAGGUUUCAUAUGCUCAGAGAAAAAGUUUGUCAAAUAUUUGUAGAUUUGAAAGUAAACUUGAUGAAUAUCAAAGUUAAAGACUUGUACACUGAAAAAAAGGAUUACAGAGUGACCAAUGGGAUCUUGUUAAAAAUUUGUCAAAAGGUUGUUACUCCUCAAUUUGACGAAUUUUUUUUUGCAAUCUGUGUAAACGAACAUCCUUUUGACAAACUUUUGACAAAUAAAGUGGAAAUUAAUUUUUUUCAGAGUUCGAUACAAAAGAUUGUAAUUUUGACCAAUUAUUAUAAAUUAAAGUUUGUACAAUUACAAACUUUAGAGCAAAAAAUAUUUGUCAUGUUUGUAAAAGUUUCUAAUGGGCAACAAACCUUUACCUCCAAAGCUAGAAGCCAAUCAAACCUAUUUGAUUUAUGAUAGAGCCAAUAUACAAAUUUACCUGAUAAUAUAUAAAACUUUUAAUAAACUUGAGGAGUAGAACUAUGAGGAUUAAAAAAUUUGAACUCCUUUUCUACAAAUUAUAUCUCUGCAUGAAGUUUUGACAAAUUUAUCGCAAAAUAUCGAAGAAAUUUCUUGCAGAAGACUUAAAAUGUCAGCCUAUGGGAAAAAAUCAGAACUUUCCGAUGGAAAUCGUAUUUCACUUCGAUUGGUUAUAGGGUUACCCAACUAACGAUUUUAUAGUUUCAUUGAAAAUUUCUUCAUACUUCCGAGUUAAUUUAUCAGAAUUAAUCUAACGACACUAAAUAAAUAAAAGCAUCAUUUCUCUUAUCAGCACCUCUAAACCCCUCAACUAAGAGAAGAAAAAAACUAGUAGAAUUGCGAACAGAAUAGGUUUUAUUCCACAUUACAUGAAAUUCAAAUAACGUAUUUCUCACAGAAAUUCACCAUUUCUAUACUGCACUCUUAUUCUCUCUAAAAUUAUCAUUUUGUUGUAUAAAAAGGAUUAAUAAAUAAAAUAUAAUUCACAAUUGUUGAAGAAA